AUGCCGGUGCAGCUUCGGGAAGACUCUGGGAUUCAGGACCUCAGCCUUUGGCCACUGGCCACCAAGAGUGAUGUCAGCCCCACUGUCCGCUGGGACGGUCCUCCUGACCAGAUUGGGCCCCAGAGACUAUGCCCCGCUGGACGCCGCCCAGCUUUCUGGCUCCGGCCUGGCGCCCGGGCCACCGGGGGCGCUCGGCUGCCGCGAGGUGCCCGAAGUUGGGGAAACAAAGGGGACGGUCGUCGGCCUGGCCUGAGCCGCCGGCCCGCGGAAGACAGGAGCGCUGAGGACCGAGUUGAGGACCGCGGGCUGAGGACCAGGGCAUCCAGAGCGCAGCGGGCCGCCCCGACCGCCCCGCUCCCCGGGGACCUCAGCCUGCACCCGCCCUACUUCAACCUGGCCGAGAGUUCCCGCAUCGCCGCGUCCGCGACCUGCGGGGAGGAGGCCCCAGCGCGCGGGGCCCCGCGCCCCACUGAGGACCUCUACUGCAAGUUGGUGGGGGGCCCGGUGGCUGGCGGAGACCCCAACCAGACCAUCCAGGGCCAGUACUGUGACAUCUGUACAGCUGCCCACAGCAACAAGGCGCACCCUGCAAGCAAUGCCAUCGAUGGUACAGAGCGCUGGUGGCAGAGCCCGCCACUGUCCCGGGGCCUGGAGUACAACCAAGUCAACAUCACGCUGGACCUGGGACAGGUCUUCCACGUGGCCUAUGUGCUCAUCAAGUUCGCCAACUCCCCUCGGCCGGAUCUCUGGGUGCUCGAGCGGUCCACGGACUUCGGCCGCACCUACCAGCCAUGGCAGUACUUUGCUUCCUCCGAGAGAGACUGUCUAGAGCAGUUUGGACCCAGGACACUGGAUCGCAUCACGAAGGAUGAUGAUGUCAUCUGCACCACUGAGUACUCGCGGAUUGUGCCCCUGGAGAACGGUGAAGUCGUGGUGUCCCUAGUGAACGGACGUCCGGGCGCUAUGAACUUCUCUUACUCACCAUUGCUGCGUGACUUCACCAAGGCCACAAAUAUCCGCCUUCGCUUCCUUCGGACAAACACACUCCUGGGCCAUCUCAUGGGCAAGGCGCUGAGGGACCCCACGGUCACCCGGCGGUACUAUUACAGCAUCAAGGACAUCAGCGUCGGAGGCCGCUGUGUCUGUCAUGGCCACGCAGACGUCUGUGAUGCCAAAGACCCCACAGACCCUUACAGGCUGCAGUGUGCCUGCCAGCACAACACGUGUGGAGGGUCCUGUGACCAGUGCUGCCCCGGAUUCCACCAGCGGCCAUGGCGACCAGCCACCACCAACAGUGCCAAUGAGUGCCAGUCCUGUAACUGUCAUGGCCAUGCCUCUGACUGCUACUACGACCCUGAGGUGGACCGGCAGAAUGCCAGCCAGAACCAGGACCACGUCUACCAGGGAGGGGGCGUCUGCAUCGACUGUCAGCACCACACCACUGGCAUCAAUUGUGAGCGCUGCCUGCCCGGCUUCUACCGCUCCCCCGAUCAUCCACUGGACUCGCCCCGCGCCUGCCGACCUUGUGACUGUGAAUCCGACUUCACGGAUGGCACAUGUGAGGACCUGACCGGCCGCUGCUACUGCCGCCCCAACUUCACCGGGGAGCGCUGCAACACCUGCGCAGAGGGCUUUGCAGGCUUCCCGCAAUGCUACCGUGAGCCCCUCUCCCCCAACAACACUGGGGCGCAGAUGUUGCCGGCCGGACAGAUUAUCAACUGUGACUGCAGUGCUGCGGGGACCGUGGGCAAUGCCUGCCGCAGGGACCCUCAGUUAGGCCGCUGUGUGUGCAAACCCAACUUCCAGGGCGCCCACUGUGAGUCCUGCGCCCCUGGCUUCUACGGCCCAGGCUGCCAGGCCUGCCAGUGUUCCAGCCCUGGAGCGGCCGACAGUGACUGUGACCCUGACUCUGGUCAGUGCCGGUGCCGGCCAGGCUUCAUGGGGGUCGCCUGUGAGCGCUGUGCCCCUGGCUACUUCCACUUCCCUCUCUGCCAGUUGUGUGGCUGCAGCCCCGAGGGGACGCUGCCUGAAGGCUGUGAUGAGGCAGGCCGCUGCUUGUGCCGGCCUGAGUUUGAGGGCCCCCACUGUGACCGCUGCCGUGCUGGCUAUCAUGGCUACCCCAGGUGUCACGCCUGCGCCUGUGACCCCCGAGGGUCCCUGGACCAGCUGUGUGGGGCGGGCGGCAUGUGCCAGUGCCGCCCCGGCUACGCAGGUCCCACCUGCCAGACCUGCAGCCCCGGCUUCCACGGCUUCCCCACCUGUGUUUCCUGCCAGUGCUCUGCUGAAGGCUCCCUGCAUGCUGCCUGCGACCCCCGGAGUGGCCAGUGCAGCUGCCGACCCCAUGUGACAGGACUGCGCUGUGACAUGUGUGUGUCUGGCACCUAUGACUUCCCCCACUGCAAAGCUGGCUCCUGCCACCCUGCUGGCCUGGCCCCAGCCGACCCCUCACUACCCAAGACUCACCUGUCCUGUGUGUGCCGGGCUCAUGUGGAGGGGCCAAGCUGUGACCGAUGCAAAUCUGGAUUCUGGGGCCUGAGUCCCGACAUUCCUGAAGGCUGCACCCGCUGCAGCUGUGACCCGCGGGGCACACUGGGCGGUGUGUCGGAGUGCCAUCAGGGCAGCGGCCAGUGCUUCUGCAGGCCCCACGUGUGCGGGCAGGCCUGCGCCGCCUGCAGGGACGGCUUCUUCGGACUGGACCAGGCCCACUACUUCGGCUGCCGAGGCUGCCACUGCGAUGUUGGCGGGGCCCUGGGCCAGGGCUGUGAGCCGCGGACGGGGGCCUGUGUCUGCCGCCCCAACACCCGGGGCUCUACCUGCAACGAACCCGCUCAGGACCAUUACCUGGCCGACCUGCACCACCUGCGCCUGGAGCUGGAGGAGGCGGCCACACCUGAGGGCCACGCCGUGCGCUUCGGCUUCAACCCCCUUGAGUUUGAGAACUUCAGCUGGAGGGGUUAUGCCCAGAUGGCCCCUAUUCAGCCCAGGAUCACGGCCAGGCUCAACGUGACCUCCCCAGACCUUUUCCGCCUGGUUUUCCGCUAUGUCAACCGAGGCUCUGCCAGUGUGAGCGGGCGUGUCUCUGUGUGGGAGGAGGGCAAGCCUGACACCUGUGCCAACUGCACAGAGCAGAGCCAGGGUGUGGUCUUCCCACCCAGCACAGAGCCCGCCUUUGUCAUGGUGCCCCAGAGGGGCUUUGGGGAGCCCUUUGUGAUGAACCCUGGCACCUGGGCUCUGCUAGUGGAGGCAGAAGGGGUCCUCUUGGACUACGUGGUGCUCCUGCCGAGCACGUACUACGAGGCUGCUCUCCUGCAGCUGCCGGUGACGGAGGCCUGCACCUACCACCCCACCGCCCAGCCCUCCUCGGACAAUUGCCUCCUCUAUGUCCACCUGCCCCUGAAUGGCUUCCCCACGGCCACCGGGCAGGAUGCCCUCUGUCGUCAGGACAACAGCCUGCCCCGGCCCUGUCCCCUGGAGCAGCUCAGCCCCUCCCAUCCGCUGCUGGCCGCCUGCCUGGGCAGUGACGUGGAUGUACAGCUGCAGGUGGCGGUGCCUGGUCCAGGUCUCUACAUGCUGGUGGUGGAGUAUGCGAAUGAGGAAGCCCACCAGGAGGUGGGGGUGGCCGUGCACAGCCCUCAGCGGGCCCCCCAGCAGGGCAUGCUCACCCUCUACCCCUGCUCAUACAGCACCCUGUGCCGUGGCACCGUUGUGGACACCCAGCACCGCCUGGCCGUUUUCCACUUGGACACAGAGGCCAGCAUCCGGCUCACGGCCGAGCAGGCACGCUUCUUCCUGCACGGAGUCACCCUGGUGCCUGCAGAGAAGUCCAGCAUGGAGUUUGUGGAGCCUCAAGUCCACUGUAUCAGCCGACACGGCACCUUUGGUCCAAAGAGCGCUGCCUGCCUGCCCUCCCGCUUCCCCAAGCCGCCCCAGCCCAUCAUCCUCCGGGACUGCCAAGUGCUGCCGCUGCCGCCCAGCCUCCCUCUGACCCACUCACAGGAGCUCACCCCAGGGACACCCCCAGCUGGACCCCGGCUUCGGCCCCCCACCGCUGUGGACCCCGACGCUGAGCCUACCCUGCUACGGCACCCUCAGGGCACCGUGGUCUUCACCACCCAUGUGCCUGCCCUGGGCCGCUACGCCUUCCUGCUGCAUGGCUACCAGCCCUCUCACCCCACCUUCCCUGUGGAGGUGCUGGUCAGCGGGGGCCGCAUCUGGCAUGGCCAGGCCAAUGCCAGCUUCUGCCCGCAUGGGUAUGGCUGCCGCAUCCUGGUGGUCUGUGAGGGCCAGACGGUGCUGGACGUCACUGACAGCGAGCUGACCGUGACUGUGCGUGUGCCUGAGGAACGCUGGUUCUGGCUGGAUUACGUGCUGGUGGUCCCUGAGGAUGUCUACACCUCGCGCUACCUGCAGGAGGAGCCGCUGGACAAAUCCUACGACUUUAUCAACCACUGUGCGGCACAGGGCUACCAUAUCAGCCCCAGCUCGUCCCCCUUCUGCCGCAAGGCCGCGAUCUCCCUGUCCCUCUUCUACAACAACGGGGCUCAGCCAUGCGGUUGCCAUGAAGUGGGUGCUGUAGGUCCCACGUGCGAGCCCUAUGGGGGUCAGUGCCCCUGCCGUGCCCAUGUCAUUGGCCGAGACUGUUCCCGCUGCGCCACCGGCUACUGGGGGUUCCCCCACUGCAGACCCUGCGACUGUGGAGCGCGCCUUUGCGAUGAGGUCACGGGCCAGUGCAUCUGCCCCCCACGCACCCUGCAGCCAGACUGCUUACGCUGUCAACCCCAGACCUUUGGCUGCCACCCGCUGGUCGGCUGCGAGGAGUGCAACUGCUCGGGGCCAGGAGUCCAGGAGCUCACCGAGCCCAGCUGUGACGUGGACAGUGGACAGUGCAGGUGCCGGCCCAACGUGGUGGGCCGCCGCUGUGACACCUGCGCCCCAGGCUUCCACGGCUACCCUGCCUGCCUCCCCUGUGACUGUGACGAAGCGGGCACGGCGCCCGGUGUGUGCGACCCGCUCACGGGACAGUGUCACUGCAAGGAGAACGUUCAAGGCCCGAGGUGCGACCAGUGCCGUGUGGGGACCUUCUCCUUGGACGCUGCCAACCCCAAAGGCUGCACUAGCUGCUUCUGCUUUGGGGCCACGGACCGCUGUGACAGCUCCCCUCACGGCCGCAGGGAGUUUGUGGACAUGGAAGGCUGGACGCUGCUGAGUGGAGACCGCCAGGUGGUGCCUCAUGAGCGAAGAGCAGGGACGGACCUGCUGCACGCAGACCUUCGCCAGGGGCCUGAGACCCCUCUGGACAUGUACUGGCAGGCCCCGCCCUCCUACCUGGGGGACCACGUGUCAUCCUAUGGGGGCAUGCUCCGCUACGAGUUACGCUCGGAGACCCAGCGUGGAGACGUCUUUGUCCCCACAGAGAGCCGUCCGGAUGUGGUGCUGCAGGGUAACCAGAUGAGCAUCAUCUUCCUGGGGCCGACGUACCCACCGCCUGGACACCCAUACCACGGGCACCUGCAGCUGGUGGAGGGAAACUUCCGGCAUUUGGAGACCCACAACACCGUGUCCCGCGAGGAGCUCAUGAUGGUCUUGGCGGGCCUGGAGCAGCUGCAGAUCCGAGCCCUGUUCUCACAGAUCUCCUCGGCCAUCUCUCUGCACCGCGUGGUGCUCGAGGUCGCCACUAUAGGGGGCCGGGGGCCUCCCGCCAGCAGCGUGGAGCUGUGUAUGUGCCCUGCCAACUAUGGCGGGGACUCAUGCCAGGAAUGUGCCCCCGGCUACUACCGUGACACCAAGGGCCUCUUCCUGGGCCGCUGUGUCCCCUGCCAGUGCCAUGGCCACUCUGAUCGCUGCCUCCCAGGCUCAGGCAUCUGCGUGGGCUGCCAGCACAACACAGAAGGUGACCACUGUGAGCGCUGCCAGCCUGGCUUCAUGAGCAGUGGCCCCGGAGGCCCGGAAGCUGUCUGUACCAGCUGCCCCUGCCCCCUCGCCGUGCCCUCAAACAACUUUGCUGUGGGCUGUGUCCUGCGGGGUGGCCGUACCUACUGCCUGUGCAAACCUGGCUACGCGGGCCCGUCCUGCGAACGAUGCGCUCCUGGCUUCUUUGGAAAUCCACUGGUUCUGGGCAGCUCCUGCCGGGCCUGUGACUGCAGCGGCAACGGUGACCCAAACAUGCUCUUCAACGACUGCGACCCACUCACGGGCGCCUGCCGCGGUUGCAUGCGCCACACCACCGGGCCGCGCUGUGAGAUCUGCGCCCCGGGCUACUACGGCAACGCCUUGCUGCCCGGCAACUGCUCCCGGUGUGACUGCUCCCCCUGUGGGACGGAGGCCUGUGACCCCCACACUGGCCAGUGCCUGUGCAAGGCGGGUGUGGCUGGGAGGCGCUGUGACCACUGCCAGGAAGGACACUAUGGCUUCCAGGACUGUGCUGGCUGCCGCCCCUGCUCCUGCGGACCAGCCGCCAAGGGCUCCGGGUGCCACCCCCAGAGCGGGCAGUGCCACUGCCAGCCGGGUGCCGGAGGGCCCCAAUGCCGAGAGUGUGCUCCUGGACACUGGGGGGUCCCUGAACAGGGCUGCCAGCGCUGCCAGUGCCGCGGGGGCCACUGUGACCCCCACACGGGCCGCUGCUCCUGCCCCUCCGGGCUCAGCGGGGAGCGCUGUGAUGCCUGUAGCCAGCAGUACCAGGUUCCUGUGCUGGGUGGACCAGGGAGCCACGGCGUCCACUGUGAAGUGUGUGACCACUGUGUGGUCCUGCUCCUGGACGACCUGGAACAGGCCAGUGCCCUCCUGCCGGCCAUCCGGGAGCAGCUCCGAGGGGUCAACGCCAGCUCUGCAGCCUGGGCCCGUCUGUACCAUCUCAAUGCCUCCAUUGCUGCCCUGAAGGACCAGCUCCUGACUCCCCUUGGGCCCCACCAGGAGGUGUCCCAGCAGCUGGAGACACUGGAACAGCAGAGCGAGAGCCUAUCUCAGGACACGCAGCACCUCAACAGCCAGGCCAGGGGAGCCCGGGGGCAGGCAGAUAUGCUGGUGUCCAGCACUGAGGCCACACGGGACCGGGCACAGGCACUGCUGACCACCAUCCGGGCCAUGGCUGCAAGGCUGAGUGAGCUUGGUGCGCAGACGGACCUGUUUCCCACUAACGCCUCAGCCCCGUCGGGUGAGCAGCUGCGUCAGACACUGGCUGAGGUACAGCGGCUGCUGGCAGAGAUGCGUGCCCGGGACCUGAGCACCCCAAGGGUAGUGGCCGAGGCCGAGCUGGACGAGGCCCAGAGAUUGCUGACCCGAGUUCGAGAGCAGCUCGCCAGCCACUGGGAGGAGAACCAGGCAUUGGCCCAGCUAACCCGAGAGCAGUUGUCCCAGCACGAGGCAGGACUCAUGGACCUGAGAGAGGCUCUCAACCGGGCAGUGGCCACAACGCUCGAGGCCGAGGGACUCAACAGUCGCAACCAGGACCGUCUGGAGGAAGCCCUGCAGCGGAAACAGGACCUGUCCCACGACAAUGCUACUCUGCAGGCCACCCUACAGGCCGCCAGAGACACCCUGGCCCUCGCCUCCGGUCUCCUGCGGGGCAUAGAUGAGGCCAAAGAGGAGUACGAGCGCCUGGCCGCCAGCCUGGACGGUGCACAGACGCCGCUGUUUGAGAAGAUCAGGGCCUUCUCCCCAGCCAGCAGCAAAGUGGACCUGGUGGUGGCGGCAGAGGCCCACGCACAGCGGCUGGACCAGCUGGCCCACAACCUGUCCAGCAUCAUUCGUGGGGUCAACCAGGACCGUGUCAUCCAACGUGCCAUCGAAGCCUCCAACGCGUACUCCAGCAUCCUGCAGGCCGUGCAGGCCGCCGAGGAGGCCGCUGGGCAGGCCCUGCUGGAAGCCAGGCACGCAUGGGAGACGGUGGUGCAGCAGGGCCUGAGGGCCCGAGCCCAACAACUGCUGGCCAAGAGCAGAGACCUGGAGGAGAUGGGCCACCAGCAGCAGGCGCGACUGAAGAGCGUGCUGGACUCCCUGCAGCCCACUGGGACAAAACUCCGAGAUGCCCAGGCCCAGAAGGACCGGCUGGCAGCCCAGAUCAGGGACUUACAGGCCAUGCUGGCCAUGGACACAGGCACAAGUGAGAAGAUUGCCCAUGCUAAGACUGUGGCCACCGAGGCCCAGGAGACAGCUGCCCGCAUCCUGGCCAAGGUGCAGGACAUGCAGAAGAAUGUGGAGCAGUGGCAGGGCCAGUAUGCAGACCUCCGGGGCCAGGACCUGAACGAGGCCAUGCAGGAUGCUGGACGCUCAGUGUCCACUCUGGAGCACACGGUGCCACAGCUGCUGGCUAAGCUGAACCUGCUGGAGGGCCGUGGCAGCCACAACGCUAGUCUGGCCCUGUCCGCAAACAUCGCCAGGGUACGCCAGCUCAUCGCCCAGGCCCGGGGAGCGGCCAACAAGGUCAAGGUUCCCAUGAAGUUCAACGGGCGCUCGGGGGUGCAGGUGCGCACCCCACGGGACCUGGCCGACCUGGCUGCCUACACCUCCCUCAAGUUCUACCUGCAGAGCCCAGAGCCCGAGCCUGGCCAGCCUGCUGGGGACUACUUCGUGCUGUACAUGGGCAGCCACCAGGCCAGUGGUGACUACAUGGGCGUGGCCCUGCGUGACCAGAAGUUGCACUGGGUUUACCGCCUGGGGGAGGCGGACCCCACCACGCUCAGCGUCGAUGAGGACAUCGGAGAGGAGUUCGCAGCUGUCAGCAUUGACAGGACCCUCCAGUUUGGCCACAUGUCCAUUACAGUGGAGAAACAGAUGGUCCAUGAGACCAAGGGCGAUGCCAAGGCCCCUGGGCACGAGGGGCUGCUCAGCCUGCGGCCCACCGACUUCGUCUUCUACGUGGGUGGCUAUCCCCGCAACUUCACGCCCCCCGAGCCCCUCAACUUCCCUGGCUAUCGUGGCUGCAUCGAGGUGGGCACGCUGAAUGAGGAGGUGCUCAGCCUGUACAACUUCGAGAGGACCUUUCAGCUGGACACGGCCAUCGACAAGCCCUGUCCUCGGUCCAAGUCCACGGGUGACCCCUGGCUCACAGACGGCUCCUACCUGGACGGCACUGGCUAUGCGCGCAUCAGCUUCGAGAGCCAGAUGAGCAACACCAAGCGCUUCGACCAGGAGCUGCGGCUGGUGUCCUACAGCGGCGUGCUCUUCUUCCUGCAGCACCAGGAUCAGUUCCUGUGUCUGGCUGUCCGGGAGAGGCACCCAGUGCUCCUCUAUGACUUUGGCAAGGGCCUGAGGGAGGCCACCCCCAUGCAGCGCCCCACACCCACCCUCACUGCGGACAGCAAGGCGGUCCAGGUGUUCCUACUGGGUGGGGCCCGGAAGCGGGUGCUGGUGCGUGUGGAGAGGACCACCGUGUUCAGCCUGGAAGAAGAGAACAUGCUGGAGCAGGCGGACACCUACUUCCUGGGCGGGGUGCCGCCACACCUGCUGCCCUCCAGCCUGCGCCAGCUCUUCCCCUCGGGAGGUUCCAUCCGCGGCUGCGUCAAGGGCAUCAAAGCUCUGGGCAAGUAUGUGGACCUCAAGAGACUGAACACUACGGGCAUUAGUGCUGGCUGUACAGCCGACCUCCUGAUGGAACGGGCUGUGAGCUUCCAUGGCCAUGGCUUCAUGACGCUGGAGCUGGCGGACGUAGGACCCCUCCCUGGACACAUCUACUCUGGCUUCGGCUUCCGCACCACGCAGUCAGAGGGGCUGCUGUUCUCCCGAGCUGUCCAGGACGAACAGUGCCAGGUGUGCCUGCAGGAGGGCCACAUUGUACUCUGGCUUCUAGAGACAAAGGUGAAGACCUGGGGGCGCUUUGAUGACGGAGCCCCUCACUAUGUCGCCUUCUACAGCAAUGCCACUGGGGUCUGGAUAUACGUGGACGACCAGCUGCAGCAGACGAGUGCCCACCAGCAGCCAUGCCUGAGGACUGCCGCGGAGUCCCCCCAGCUUUUCCUGGGUGGCUCAGACAAGUCCGCUGAUGUCCACAACUUCAGCGGCUGCAUCAGCAACGUCUUUGUGGAGCAGCUGCAGGGCCCACAGCGUGUGCUCAACCUGCAGCACAGCACAGCUGCUCACAACGUGACCGCAGGCUGCACGCAGCCACCCCAGGGCUGGACCCCCAGGACAGAGCCUCAAGGAAUUCGCGCCCCAGUGCACAAGGCCUCCAGACGCAGCCGCCAUCCUGUCCGGUACCCUGUCCAGGACUCUGCCUGCAGGCUCUCCCCAUCCCCCAGGAGCCUCCGAGAUGCCUAUCAGUUUGGGGGACCCCUGACCAGCUAUAUGGAAUUUGCAGUCAGUCACAGGGCCCGGUCCCACAUCUCCUUGCUUGUGUGGCCACGUGCCUCCCACGGCCUUUUGCUGCUCUCUGCCCCCCUGAUGCCCGGCGGCCCCUCCCUGGCACUCUUUCUGAGCCAUGGACACCUGGUCGCAAAGACAGAAGGCCCCAGGCCCCAUUUCCAUGUCAAGAGCCAGGGACAGUUACAGAUGGGUCGAUGGCACAAGGUGUCUCUGCACUGGACGCAGGGUCACCUCCAGCUGGUGACUGACGGGGUCCGUGUCCAGAGACAGGAAAGGCCUCUUCACCAGCAAAAGGGGUGGCAAGGCCCCCUGCCCAGCGCCCUCUUUGUAGGGGGCCUCCCCCCAAGUGGCCAUAGCUUCCAGCUCCCGGUGAGAGCCAUUGCCUCGGGGUUCAGCGGCUGUGUGAUGAAGUUGAAAUGGAACAAGCAGCUGCUGGAGGUCCCCGUGAGGAUGAGGGCCAUCACGCCCUGCUCCCCAGGCCCCCUGGAGCCAGGCCUUUUCUUCACUGGCAGUGGGGGUGUCAUCACUGUAGACCUUCCAGAGGCACUGGGGCCCAGCCUGGACCUGAGACUAGAGAUGCGGCCCCAGGCAGCCAAGGGCCUGGUUUUCCAUCUGGGCCAGGCCCAGAUGCCCCCCUACCUGCAGCUGCAGGUGUUGGGGAAGCAGGUCCUGCUACAGGGGGACGACGGGGCAGCCAAGUUCUCCACUCUGGUGACCUUGCCCGCUGAACUGUGUGACGGGCGCUGGCAUCACCUCGCAGUGACCAAGACUGAGGCUGUGACCCGGCUGGAGGUGGACUCGAGCAGCAAUUACACCCGGAGCUUUGCACAGACCACUGCCACGGGCCUCAGGGCUCUGCACCUGGGCGGGGUGCCUGGUGAGUGGUCCCUGCUCCUGCGGCCCCCAGCCUACCACGGCUGCUUGAGAUCCUUGCAGGUGAAUGGAGCCCCAGUCCCCAUCACACACCCUGUGGAUGUCCAGGGGACAGUGGGGGCCAGUGGCUGCCCACUUGUGGAACAUCACAGCCCCCCUCCAUGA